AUUCAUAACAACCAUGGAAAAUAGCUUAAAGAAGUCCAGCAGAUCUCACAAGAGAAGCUUUGAAAUUGGCCUUUUAAAUGAGGAAAGGGCCAUGCAUUAUAGGAUCCAAGAGCUUAUCAAAGAUAAUCAUACUCCAAGAAUUUUCAAGAGAGUUAGUCGGAAUGCUAAGCAUCUGAAGCCUAUUCCUCAGCCCCAAGGAGAAGUCCUCCCAAGCCUAUUUUGCUCAGAUACCAAAUUAGUGAUGAACAAGCAAGGUUGUUUCAGAAAGUGGGCUGGCACUUGAGUUGCCCAGGAUUGGAUGCCUGCACUUGAGAUUAUGAUAGGCUUAAAAAACACAGGGCAUCCAGAGAAUAAAUUUGAUAAGUUAAUAAACGCUUUUCCUAAAAGAAUGAAAUGACUCCAUAUUGACUUCAGGCUGAAAGCAGGAUUUGAUGCAUUCAACAUUUUUAAGAGCAGUUUGAUAAGAUUACUUUCAAGAGUCACCGGAGUUAUCUCUCUUAAUUAUUUCAAGAUACGCGGAAAGCAGCUUUCUAGAAUCCUUUUAGAGUCUAAGAAUGUGGAUAAAAUAUCUUUCUGAAGAUGCUCUAUUGAGGAGAAAGGAUUCAUCAUUCGGGAACCAGUUCAGUACAAGAUAAGAGAACUUUGCUUUACAAACUGUAUAUCGAGUCAAGUUGACUGACAAAGAGACGAGAAUCAAAUUAAAUUCAUUUUGGAUAGAAUAGCAAACUCAUUAUUAGGAAGAUCUUUACAAAAACUGCAUGUUACUGGAGACUCUAUUAGUUCCUCUUGUAUGACCAAUAUAAAGAAGAAUGAAGGAUUUAAAGACAUUAACUUGAUUGUCACUGGAAAUAUUUCACAAUUUAAGAACCAUCAGUUGUUGCCUAUUGUUACUCAUAAAAACGGCUAUUAAUUUGCUCGAAUUCAAUUUUAUGCAUAAAAAA